GAGAGAGGAGGUGUCUGAUUACAUUAGAAUCGGAAUAGUGGUAAAGAAAAUGUCUCAGUUUUCUGAAUCCUGUAGAGAAGUCAGCUCCAAAUGGCUAUUACACAUCAAAUAUCUUUACUGAAGACAAAGUAACUCGCAAGGAUAAAUACAGAGAGGUACAAAAAAAGAGAAGGAACACAGGUGAGCACCAAGAAAAGACGAGAGAAGGGAAAGGUGCUGAGUUUUCACCUACACGCUUGCAUUCCUUCAACUUUCAGAGUGCCUUUGUGCAGCUUCUAAGUAUGAGGCAUUGGCCUUCCCCAACGCUACACCAGCUGGAGGGUAACUGGACUGCCAUGCUAACAGCACCAAGUCACGGGCGAAUAACUUGACUGCUGAAGAGAGCACUACACCCUUAAACUCAAGGCUAAAAACACAAGGUGUAGCCAAACGUGGCAAGUACAGAAAGCCCAUGCCAGCCACAAAGUCACAAGGGAAUAAGUGCGUAUUGAGGAAGAGGGUCCUCAUCACCAUCCUCUGUGUUGUGAUCAUUUUGGGAAUCCUGGUAGUGGCUGGAUAUUUAAUCGCCCAACUUGUUCGAAGUAAAUACUUCUUCUGCUCCAAGUCACUGAAGUUCAUCCCCCUGGAGCAAGCCUGUAAUGGCAAACCUGACUGUGCAGGAGACGAGGAUGAGUCUUCAUGUGUCUCCUUUUUCACAAGUAACAUGACUUUUCCUGUCCGGUUGGCCUCGAACCUCUCCGUGCUUCAGAUAUAUGAUGGCAGUGAAACGCAGUGGCGAAGUGUGUGUGCAGAUGGCUGGACUGUGGAACACACUCAAACAGCGUGUCAGCAGUUGGGAUACACAGUUAAUCCUUCACACAGUACAAUUCGACUGAUGGAUCUGUCGUCUGAUCUGAAGAGGGCUUUUUGUGCUGUGGGACCAGCAGACGGAAGGCAGCCAGUUUCCUCCAGCAUUUCAAACCAAAAAACAUGCAGUUCAGGUUCAGUCGUUUCUUUAUCCUGCUCAGACUGUGGGCCCCAGACAGCUGAGUCCAGGAUUGUAGGAGGUCAAAGUACAAACAUCGAGAACUGGCCAUGGCAGGUGAGCCUUCAGCAGAAUGGCCAGCACACAUGUGGAGGCUCGGUGCUGUCUCCGCUCUGGAUCAUCACAGCAGCCCACUGCUUUACAGACAGCAAGAAUGAGGUGAGCAGAUGGUCGGUGGUGGCUGGCAGCACAUACAUGACAAGCCUCGGAGGCUACGCUGUGGAUAAAAUCAUUUUAAAUGGAAAUUAUGACUCGACAACCAAUGAUUACGACAUGGCAAUGAUGAAACUCACAAAACCACUCAGUCUGAAAGCCACCGUGAAGCCAGUCUGCCUCCCACCUCACGGUCUUGGGCUCACUGUAGGAAGCCUACUGGUGGUAACUGGCUGGGGCCAUCUGCAGGAGAAUGGCCAGCUGUCAUCAGAUCUUCAGCAGGCUGAUAUUCCUCUCAUAGGGCAUGAUAAGUGUUCGAGUCCUACAGUUUAUGGAGUGAGCAUCACUCGGAGAAUGCUCUGUGCCGGGUAUCUGCAGGGCAAAGUGGACGCGUGCCAGGGUGACAGUGGGGGUCCGCUGGUGUAUCUGAAUGAGCGCUGGAUGUUGGUAGGAAUAGUGAGUUGGGGCGUCGGCUGUGCCAGACCGGAUCUACCUGGUGUCUACACUAAUGUGGGUCAGAUGCUCAACUGGAUCUACACAGUUAUGGAGCAGACAUCUUGAGCCAGAGCUGACAAGAAGACAUCAACAUAUCAGUACAAACACAAACAUUAUCUCAGUGCAAUGCAAACCACGGUCUCUUAAAUCGAGAGAACUCUUCAGAUCUACAUGCUGAGGUUCUGAUCUGUACACUGAUUCAGGAGUUUAUCUUUGCUUCCUAACUGAUGCAAAUCAUUCGUCUUCUUCUCAGGGAUCCUUUUAAUCUAAAAGCAGCUGUAGCCUCGUUCUUUAUAUGCAGUGAAUGAUAAGACUUGAAUAAUGUUUGCUCUAUACUGAUGAUUAAUCAAAGGUUUGGGGAAUUCAUUACAAAUCCAUGGUGGGACUUUUACCUAUGAAUUGCUGACAGGGGGCAAUUACUUUUGAUUUCUGAGCCGUAUAUCUCUUAGAAUAUGUUAUUGUAUCAUUUUACACUCAUGUCACCAGGGUUUGUUCAUUUGCACUGUGAUGAGCAGUGAAGUGUCAGGAUCAGUGAGCUUUAAUUACCUCCGCCAAGGAGGUUAUGUUUUCGACAGCAUUGGUUUGUUUGUUGGUUUGUCUGUUAGCAACAUUACGGAAAAAGUUAUGAACGGAUUGCUCUGAAAUUUUUUCCAGAGGUGUGACUGGGCACAAGUAACAAUUCAUUAAAUUUUGGCGGUGAUCCGGAUCACCUUGUGGAUCCCAGAUUUUUUUAAAGGAUUCUUGGCAGAGGUCUGCGCUCUCUGAGUGCUUUUCUAGUUAUAAAUAUAGUGGACUGGACUAAUAAGUGUUGGAUCCAGGAUGUCAUGAGUUCAUGUGAUGGAAAGUUGUGAUUUCUUAUUGAGGCCAACUUAGAGAAAAAAAAAAUUAUACACACACACACAUAUAUAUAUAUAUAUAUAUA